ACCCCUACGGGCUCUGGCUCCCGGUUCCGAGAGUCCAGGAACACGGAAGGAAGCAAUAUCCGAGGGGCUCGGAGCCGCCACCCGGGGGAGGAAGGCGGGACUUCCGCUCCCCGCCGGAAGUGACGAGACAGUCGCGGCGGCCGCCAGGUGGAACGGCAGGUGGGCUCAGGUGCCAGCCUGGCCUGGGCCCGGUUGUGAGACCGACGCUUCUGGUGAGCGACAGGAGCAACUCUCGAGGGCCUGGAGACCCGUGGGGCGGGCUCUGGGGUCGGAGCUCAUCGCCCUGGCCGGGAGUGCCCCCGUAUAUCUAGUCCCAGUUCCCCAUCCCCUUGGCGAACUGGGCGGUUGGCCAGCCCAUCCCAACUCUCGGAACCAUGUUUGCAGACUUGGAUUAUGACAUCGAGGAGGAUAAACUCGGAAUCCCGACCGUGCCUGGGAAAGUGACUCUGCAGAAGGAUGCCCAGAACCUGAUUGGUAUCAGCAUCGGGGGAGGGGCGCAGUACUGUCCCUGCCUCUACAUUGUCCAGGUAUUCGACAACACGCCGGCAGCCCUGGAUGGCACGGUGGCCGCGGGGGACGAGAUCACUGGUGUCAACGGCAGGUCGAUCAAAGGGAAGACCAAGGUGGAGGUGGCGAAGAUGAUCCAGGAGGUGAAGGGCGAGGUGACCAUCCACUACAACAAGCUGCAGGCCGACCCCAAGCAGGGCAUGUCCCUGGACAUCGUGCUGAAGAAGGUCAAGCACCGGCUGGUGGAGAACAUGAGUUCAGGGACGGCGGACGCCCUGGGCCUGAGCAGAGCCAUCCUCUGCAACGACGGGCUUGUGAAGAGGCUAGAGGAGCUGGAGAGGACGGCAGAGCUGUACAGAGGGAUGACGGAGCACACCAAGAACCUCCUGCGGGCAUUUUACGAGCUGUCCCAGACACACCGGGCCUUUGGGGACGUGUUCUCUGUGAUUGGGGUGCGGGAGCCCCAGCCAGCCGCCAGCGAGGCUUUUGUGAAGUUUGCUGACGCCCAUCGAAGCAUCGAGAAGUUUGGCAUUCGGCUGCUGAAAACCAUCAAGCCGAUGCUGACAGACCUGAACACGUACCUCAACAAAGCCAUCCCGGACACGCGCCUCACCAUCAAGAAGUACCUCGACGUGAAGUUUGAGUACCUGUCCUACUGCCUGAAGGUGAAGGAGAUGGACGACGAGGAAUACAGCUGCAUCGCCCUCGGGGAGCCCCUGUACCGCGUGAGCACCGGCAACUACGAGUACCGCCUGAUCCUGCGCUGCCGCCAGGAGGCGCGCGCGCGCUUCUCCCAGAUGCGCAAGGACGUGCUGGAGAAGAUGGAGCUGCUGGACCAGAAGCACGGACAUCGUGUUCCAGCUGCAGCGCUUCGUGUCCACCAUGUCCAAGUACUACAACGACUGCUACGCGGUGCUGCGGGACGCCGACGUCUUCCCCAUCGAGGUGGACCUGGCGCACACCACGCUGGCCUACGGCCCCCAGCAGGGCGAGUUCACCGACGGCGAGGACGAGGAGGAGGAGGACGCGGCCCAGGCCCCCGAGCAGCCCCGGGAGGCCCGCGGGGCCGCAGGGCCCGUGGACCAGGGCGGAAGCUGGUGCGACUCCUGAGCGCCCCGCGGGGCCGGGACGGGCCGCGCCAGGCUCCCGGCCGCGGGGCCGGGCCGGGCAGGGCGGCAUAAAGGCCUGCGGGCUCGGCUGGGGCGCCCGCCUCCCGGCUCCUCUGUCCUCGCACAGCCGAUCCGGGCUCCUGCCCGGGAAAAGCACCGGGGCCCGGGCCUGGGCCCCCGACGCCGGCCCUCUCCCUUCCCACGCCCCCGGCCAGGGGACGAGCCGCCCCCGCCCCGGCCCCGCCUCGGGCAGGAAGAGGGGCGGGGCUGGCGGCGCCACCCCUGCGCGCCCCUCCCUCCCGGCUGCGGGGGCUGGGGCGGCGGCCGGGCCGGGCGGGGGCCCGCGUCCCGCGCACACCUCAAAGGCCUUUAUUUAUUUUGUAACCGGGCUCAGCCCCUCAUGGACGGGGCUGGGCGCCGGGCCUCUACCGAAUAAACUGGAACCUGGA